GCGCCUGUUGUUAAUUGCGCGAUAACAUGUUUCAGCAUGAUAAAUUGCAGAAAACUAAGAAAAAUAUGAUUUUUCUAAUGAUGCUACUAACCCUAAUCAUAAUGAAUUAGUUGUAUGCGUAUAUGAUUAACACAAUGAUUAACAAAAAAAGACAAAGGCACACCCACCCAACUACCCACACCCACCCCAACACACACAUGCACACACAUGUAAACCGAGUGAAACAGUGAUAGAAAAUAUUCAUCUUGGAUGAUAAAAUUAUAUCAAAUCAGAUCAGAUCAGAUCAGACCAUAUCAAAUUGAAUCGAGUGAAUUAGCGCAUAUCUCUCUCUAAUCAAGGUAUAUAUACAUAAAUAAACACAUUGGCUAUUCAUGUUUGACAAAACACAACUCACCUAACUAACUAACUAAUUGACCAGUUGACAGAAAUUCAAUCAAAAUAUAUGGAAAAAUAAGACGUGAAACAAGCAUCUGUGUUAUCCAUUGUCAGUCUAAUCAACACUAGAUUACAUUAGUCCUUAUUUCCUAUCGUUAAUAUUAUCAUUGUCAAUUGUAAAACAGUUCAAUAGUCUAUCUGUUCAAUGGAAAUGCAAAUCAAAAAACCACGUAAAAGUCAACAGCAAAAUGUGAAUAGUGAAUCACUAAACGCAUCAACUGGUACUCUAAACUCACUUAUAUCAGCUACACCAAAUUGGACUAGAGAUGCAGUACUCGGUGAGCAUUUAUGGAAUGAUACAACAUCAACUGACUCUUGUUAUGUCGAUGAAUCAGAGUGUUGCAAAUCUGGAGCCAAACGAAAAUGUUCCGCUUGUCAGAUUAUUUGUCAUGUGCAUUGUCUUCCAUUGAUUCAGGUGCCUUGUAGACCAACUUUUCGUGAAGCCUAUAUCCGUGACUACCGUACAGAGAAGACACGUAAAACUGCAUCCUUUCGGUCAAUUCGUGUACGGAGAAAAAAACACCCAGUGUCAACAAAUACAAAACAUCAUUGGAUUAAACGUAAACGUCAAGAUAAUAAAUGUAAACAUUGUGGUAAAUCUAUGCAAUCAAUAUUGGGAUUUUCUUCAAAAGAAUACAUGACAGUUCAGUGUACAUGGUGUAAAAUAGGCUAUCAUAAUAAGUCUUCGUGUUUUCAUGAAUCUUCGCUAUUGUCUGAACCAUGUUCAUUGGGACCACAUUCAGAUCUGAUUGUUCCACCUGAUUGGAUUAUCAAGCUUAGUGAAGGAAAUAAUUUCAAAUCAUCAUCAAUACGUCGAUCGAGUAGUUUUGUAGCAGCACCGCAUGCUCAUAAUAUCAGCAUACCACAGAUACGUUCAUCUACAUCACGUCCAGAAAAUCUUGACUAUUCCUCAAGUCAAAUUGUUAACAGUCUAUCAGAUCAUAUUACAUCAUCGAUAAGAAUCAAUGAAAAUGGUCACCAACCACCUGUAAAAGAUAAUAAUCAUCAUCAUCAUAUGAAUCAUUGUAAUGAUACAUCGAAAAUCUCUUUUGUUAUUAAAUCGAAUCCAACAAAUGCUGGUAAUCUUAAACCAUUGCUAGUAUUCCUCAAUCCAAAAUCCGGUGGAAAUCAAGCUAUAGUUUUAAUGAAAAAAUUCCAAUGGUUAUUAAAUCCACGUCAAGUGUUUGAUUUAUCACAAGGUGGACCAAAACUUGGCUUAGAAUUAUUCAAUCAUGUCCCAAAUCUGCGGAUACUGGUAUGCGGUGGUGAUGGUACAGUCGGCUGGAUAUUUUCUACAAUAGACUCUAUGACGUUUAGUACAGUUCCACCAGUUGCUGUCUUACCAUUAGGCACAGGAAAUGAUUUGGCUAGAGCUUUGAAUUGGGGUUCAGGUUACAUAGAUGAAUCAAUAUCGAAGAUAUUAACUUCAGUUAAUGAAGGUCGAAUUAUUGCAUUAGACAGAUGGCAAGUGAAUUGUGAACCACGUACAGAUCUCCAGACAGUUCAACAAGCAGUACCUGAUGCUGAAGAUGAUGAUAGUGGUAAAGUACGACCAAUCUCUGAUAGUUUACCAUUGAAAAUUUUUAAUAAUUAUUUCUCACUUGGUGCAGAUGCAGCAACAGCACUGGAAUUCCAUGAAUCUAGAGAAGCUAAUCCGGAGAAAUUCAAUAGCCGUUUGAAGAAUAAACUCUUCUAUGCUGGAUGUGGAGGUAAAGACUUACUUCUUCGAAGUUGGCGUGAUCUGUCUGAACACAUCACACUAAUGUGUGACGACGAAGAUUUAACGCCGCUUAUUCGUAGUUUAAAACCUCAUUGUAUAUUGUUUCUCAAUAUUCCAAGAUAUGGAUCUGGUACAUUGCCUUGGGGUAAUCCUGCUGCAGAAUUUCAACCUCAAAAAAUUGAUGAUGGCUAUAUUGAAGUUAUUGGUCUUACAUCGACAACACUGGCAACGCUACAAAUAGGCGGUCACGGGGAACGAAUCUGUCAGUGUCAACGUAUCCGGUUAACAACUGAUAAAGUUAUCCCUAUGCAAAUGGAUGGUGAACCAUGUCGUCUUGUCCCGGCUAACAUUGAAGUAUUCUGUUCACAUCAAGCUUUAGUGAUACAAAAGUUAACACGUUCUCCAGGAUCGAAUGCAAUAAUGAAUGAGGAUGAAAAUCAACUGCACUGGAAAACUAGUGGAUAUGAAGCAAGAAUAAAUGUAUCAGUUAUCGCACUGAAGGACUAUGAAUCUAUGUCUGAUGAUGUGAUCGCCCUGCGUCAAACAGCUCUGUCUUUUGGUGUGAUUACGGCAAAAUAUGAUGCCGAUUUAUCAACUAUACGUGAUAGUAUUAUUCAAUUGAAUAACACUCAGGUGAAAGGCAAAAAUGAAGAUUCUAAUGGUGUGAACAUAACUCAUCAUCACAGUACAACAUUGCAUUUAUCGGAUUCCUGGGUUUUUAUUGAUUCUACUACAGCGGCGUGUCGAUUUUUUCUGAUUGAUAAAGAACAAGAAAAGGUACACUUUAUAACAGAUGUCUGUAAUAUGGAAGAUUUAUUUCUAAUUGACUCCCAGUUAGAAUCUCGUCAGGUGAAUCAUACAAUGAAUGACAGCCUAUCACCACAACAGUCUUCUCAGCAUAACCACCACAACCACAGUCACCACCACCAAGAAGAACAACCACAACAGGGACUAACACCUGACGACUGUGAAUCCGUCAAUAAUCAGGUGACAGAAACACAGGACAGUGUACUAUUCAAGGCAGAGGAAGUUAAUGCAGCUGUGCGCAAUGAAGUUGAACAAGUAGACACCAGUGAGUUGAACAUUAAAUCAAUCAAAAUUAAGGAAGGGUCAAGCAUCCAUUCAAAUAUUGAAGAUGGUAAUGAGAACAAUGUGACUUGCAUUCAUGAAACUAAACUGCAAAAUGACAGUCUAACGCCUAAUGCAAAGCCAGAAAAUUUCAUACAAAUUGAUGAAUCAUUGAAGACUAUACCCUACUAUUCAUUGCUUACUGAUAAUGAGAAAAACAACUCUAAAAGUCAAAAAGAAGUAAAACAACAAAAAGUUACCUCAUUCACAGAGAGAAAAGAAAGUGAGAAAGAAGAACGGAAGGAAGAAGGAGAAGAAGAACGGGAAGAAGAAGGAGGAGGAGGAGACUCAAGUGUUACUGACUACAGAUAUGGUGAUGAGGAGAGCUCUAGUCGUAAUACUGACAGUUGUUCUAGCAGGCAUAGUAGCAGUAGUAGUACUGGUAGUUAUUGUAGUACCAUCAGUAUUCAUAACAAUGGCAAUUUUAACAAUAACAAUACUAGUCAGGAUGAUAAAACAAGCAUUUCAACAAUGUCGACAAUAACAAUGACAUCAACACCGACAGAAAGGUAUACUACUACAACAGAUGAUGCGAUAAGCAAUACAAUACAUUCAUUGUCUGUACAUGAUGCUGAAAACAGGAGAAGAGUCAGUCUCAAUAGUCAUCGAACAAACAGUCUUUCUGGUAGUGAGCUAAUCAUCAGAACAAAAAAUGAAACUGAUAAGGGAAGAAUAAAAGGAGACAGAAAAAUGAAGAAGAAGAAGAAUAGUCUUAGCAGCAGUGUUUCGAGUAAACUGACAACUGAAAUACAAAUUGUGUCAACAGAUGAAGAGGAAACUAGACAAGAUAAUAAAGAAAUGCAUAAAUCUAAGAAACACUGUCGAAUAAUAAGACGAACAGAAACUACUCCAAGUGAUUCAGAACAACUGCAACGACAUUUAAAUAAAGCUCUUCUUAAUGCCUCACGUAAAGGUACAACUGAACAUCAUAUUCAAUCCUUAUUAAAAGCUGGAGCUAGUAUACAAGCAAUAGAUAAAUAUGGAAGAUCGUGUUUACAUUUAGCAGCUAAAUUUGGUCGAGAUAAAGUUGUUGAAUAUCUUUUAAAGUAUUUUCCAACAGAAUUACUGGAUCUACAAGAAUAUGAAAAAAACCAAACAGCACUACACAAAGCUGCAGCAACUCGUCGAAGAAGUAUAUGUGAAAAUCUUAUCAGCGCUGGAGCUUGUCCAACUAUAACUGAUAUUCACGGGAAACAACCGAGUAGUUUAGCACUUGAAGCCAAUGACCCACAAUUAGCUACAUAUCUAAGAAGUAAGUUAAGAAUUUAAGUCAACUUAAAAAAAUACUCUCUAACCUUUUCUUUUCUUCUUUGUUUUCUUAGGAGAAGAAAUACUCUUUCUUAUUACGAAUAGUACUCAAAAGAUUGAAGUAUAAACAAAUGGAUGGUUACACCAAUUUAAUGUGUGGUAUACUUAAUAACUUAAUAAUAAAAAUGCCUGAAAGAAUUCCUGUGAUACUUAUUUAAACUGAAGAAAAAAAAUUUUGUCACUGAAGUUUUGUUUUUGUACUACACAAAUUUACUUAAUAUAAUAUAUACAUACUGAU